AUUUGAUGCGCCCGAUCGCAGCUUCACCUCUUAUUCAUUCACGGCCGUAGUAUCGACAGCGAUCUUUGCUAGACGUGUCCGGAAGCCAAAAUGUUCGCUUUAAAAUCGCUGAGCAAAUACCUCUUUGGCAACGCCAACAAAGAAUCCAUCAUCGAACUGCCACAAGGUCAACUCUAUCUCGUCCGCCCCCGAUCGCUCAAAGGCUACUCCGAACUCAUCUUCAAAGACGCUGCUGCCUCGAUCCGACGGACCGGCCAGGAAUACCAAUACCAGCUCGUUGUCCAACGUGUCUACGAAGAGGGUGAAGCAGAGCUUGUAGGAGAAGACGGAACACAAGACGACCGACUUGACGGCGUGCUCUCCGACAAGGACGAAAAGACUUUCCUUCUCGACGAGCAUCUGCACUUCCGUGUUGACAUCAAAGACGACGGCGAAGUUGUUCUUGGCUGGCUUGACCUCAGCGGCGACGACGGUGACUUGUUUGAAUUUGUCUGCGACUCUUCAGCGUCGCCAGAAACUGCCACAUCUUUCGCUCUCGUAGCCGCCCAGUGCCAGUUCGAGCGCAAAUACCGCAAGCCCCGCGACCUCGCUACCGACGACGAUCUGCGCGAGUUCAGCUUCGACCACGAAGACCCCAUUCCACAGGCCAGUCCGAUACAAAGCCCCUCGCGCUCUCCCACCAUCUCGCCUCCCCCGUCCACUCCAUACAUGCCAUCUCUCAACCAGUCCAACUCCGGAGUCAAGCGCAGCGACGCUAUGCCGAGAUUAUCUAUAAGAGCUGGAAAGGCUCCUCUUCGCGCCUACGAGGAGGCUCCAACUGUCGCUCCUUCAGCUUCGAAGGCUCCUGAGGCUCGCGAGACCUUGGCCGACCAAGACGUCGAGCUGCACCUCUUCGACUUCCAGUCCGGUACUUUCGUAUUACAAGAUGAGAGUGUCAACGCUACUGUCACGGAAAUUGGCAACUGGAAAUACUGGCUCCAACUCAACAGCAACGACAGAGACUGGCUCGGUCAAGAAGUCGUUCCUGAUAUCAACCCCGUCUUCAACUUCGAAUACCUCUCCUUCAUUUUCAAUCACUACAGCGACGAUGGAAAUGCCUUCUCAUGGCUCUUGCGCUUCAAGGAGAGAGAAUCUCUGGAAGAGUUUCAACAGGGUCUGAUGCAGGCUCUCUGGGAGCACUCGAAUCAAACAAAGUGGCUCAAGGCAAAGGAUACCGAGAGGGAUUACGUCCUCGAUGCCUUCAACGACCUCGUCCUGGAAGACAAGGACGACGAAAGAGAGGCCGAUGCUCGUGAAGAGGAUGAACAAGAGGAAGAGGAGUACUAUGACCAAGAAGAAGAGGAGGACGACGGACAAAGAAGCGAGCACUAUGACAGCGAUGAGUCAGAAGACGAUGUCAUCACUAGAGAUGAGGACGGCAAUGUCAACUCUCAGCUCGCCGUCGGCUACAAACACGACCGCUCAUUCGUCGUCAGAGGCUCCAAGAUUGGUGUCUUCAAGCACACUCCCGACAAUCAUCUCGAGUUCUCUACCAGCAUCUCCAAGGUCGAAACACCAAACGGCAAGGUGUUCAACCCCAAGAAGAUCAUGCUGCAUGCUGAAGACCGCAACAUGAUCAUGCAGGAUGGCGAUAACCCUAACUCUCUCUUCCGUAUGGAUCUCGAGUACGGCAAGAUUGUCGAUGAGUGGAAGGUGCACGAUGACAUCCCUGUCAACACUUUCGCCCCUGAAAAGAAAUUCAGUCAGAUGACGGGCGAGCAGACCUUCUUGGGUCUGUCCAACAACGCUCUGUACCGUAUCGAUCCUCGUCUGCAGGGUGACAAGCUUGUUGAUUCAGAGCUGAAGCAAUACGCUACCAAGAACGGCUUCACUGCUGCAGCCACUACCGACAAAGGAUACAUCGCCGUUGCCUCAAGCAAGGGUGAUAUUCGUAUGUUUGAUCGUCUUGGAAUCAACGCAAAGACCCACAUUCCUGCCCUUGGUGACCCGAUCAUCGGUCUUGAUGUGUCUGCGAACGGUCGUUGGGUUCUUGCUACGACUCGCACUUAUCUACUGCUCAUCGAUGCUCUACAAAGCGAUGGCAAGAACGAGGGCAAGCUUGGUUUCGAAAAGUCGUUCGCCAAGGACUCAAAGCCUCAGCCACGUCGUCUGGCCUUGACACCAAGUCACGUCGCUCAGUUCCAGCAUGAGACCAAGGUUGCGUUGUCCUUCACACCCGCAAGAUUCAACACCGGACCUGACGCCGAUGAAACAACCAUCAUUACUGCAACCGGCCCCUUCAUCAUUACUUGGAGUCUCAAGAAGGUUCUUGCCGGACGCAAGGAUCCUUACAGCAUCAAGCGCUAUGCCGAAGACGUCAAAGCAGACAACUUCCGCUUCGGUAGCGACAAGAACAUUGUUGUUGCUCUGCCAAACGAAGUCAACAUGGUAGCAAGAAGAGCUCUACAGAGACCAACUCGUGAGAGUAUCAUGGCCACUCCUAGAAAGACUGGCCGUGGUAGCUAUCUCAGCAGAAACGAUAUCGUAAACAGUCCUUACUGAGUGUGUUUGUAGAUCACGACGAAACGACUAAUCUUUUCUUUUCUCGCGGAGACGGGACUUUGGGAGGAAAGGAGGAUCGUGCUUAGCUUUCAGGCCUUAGAUACCAUGGAAUAUUUUCUUCCUCUUCCAAUCAAGCUCGUCAAGCC